GGAAAGGGGAGCUUGCUCCAUUCGACGGCGGGAGGUCGCCUUUAAUAUACAUGCGAGCGCUGCUCCGCUGCGGUGCUCUCGGCCGGAGGUCUAUGUGUACGGAAAGUGAAGGUAAACGUUAACGAAAGGGUCUCUAUUGGGGAAGAACCUGCGAAUGCGAUGGAAAACGAAGUAGUGGCGUCAGGCUUCGGGAAUGGCGCGCCGCUCCGACAGGCGAUGACUCGGCACGCUCGCGCACAGCGGGCCCCUAUUUACAUGCGCGUUCCUGCCGCCCUCAGGUCGCGGGGUACUCCGUCACUUGCGGCGUUACCUACGUCCUGUCUUCCUGGUCAAGCCACCAUCCACCAUCUGUGUACAUGCGGAAAGAAGGUAAAUGUAAGUUUUUGGUGUUGGCGCUGAAAACCCUUCUACAAAGGG